AUGAAGCUGCUAAAGGGGUUCACUAGGAAGGAUGUUAAAGAAGUUUUCUUCAGAAUUGCAAAUGCUAAAAGCCCAGGUCUGGAUGGUUAUGCCAGUGCUUCUUUUAAAGCAUCAUGGGAGAUAGUAGAGGAAGAUGUAGUGGAGGCAAUAUUGGAGUUCUUUAAUAAUGGAAAGAUGCUCAAACAAUUAAAUGCUACAAACAUUGUUCUUAUUCCUAAAGUUGAUUGUCCUGAGAACGCUAGUCAAUACAGGCCCAUUUCUUGCUGCAAUGUCCUAUAUAAAUGCAUAUCUAAAAUGCUCUGUAGCAGAUUGAAAGAAGCAGUAGGACACAUACUUGUAGACAACCAGGCUGCAUUUGUGCAUGGUAGAUCCAUGGUGCAUAAUGUGCUUAUAUGCCACGAUUUACUCAGGCACUAUGGAAGAAAGACAACACCAAGGUGUUUAAUGAAGAUUGAUCUCCAAAAAGCUUAUGAUAUGGGUCAACUAGGAUUGAGACAAGAGGACCCUACUUCACCCUUGCUCUUUGUCCUAGUGAUGGAGUACCUAACAAGAACUUUUAAUUGCAUAAGUUUGCUGCCAGACUUUAAAUUUCACCCUAUGUGCAAGAAUACUAAAUUGACUCACUUGAUAUUUGCUGAUGAUUUAAUGGUAUUCUGUAAAGGAGAAGAACUUACUGUCACAAGAGUGAAGGAAGCACUGGACCAUUUUACUACAGCAACUGGAUUGGAAGCAAACAUGGAAAAGUCUAGUAUUUUCAUAGAUGGAGUAACAGACCAGGUGAAAUCAAACCUGUUGACUAUCACUAGUUAUACCUUGGGUGAAUUUCCAAUUAAAUACCUGGGGAUGCCUUUAACCUCAAAGAAAUGGAAUAAGCUUGAUUGCUAA